UGUCUGUCUCCGCCUAUAUACACCUACCAUGCCCCCCCAUUCACAAACCCCAGAGCCGCACGUACGUACACCCUCCUGUACGACGCUCGCACUAGCUGCGCCUGCGCUGCUCGCACGACGGUCUCACUGGUUCUCACUGAUCAUCGCUAACCUUGCUGUAUGGAGGACGCCAUGUCGUACUCGUACCUGGCGCAGCCACCUCCGUCGUCGUUCCUCUCGCCCGCCUACUACGCCGACGCCGUCCUCGCACGCGCUCUGCACUUCUCCUCCGUGCCCGAGUACCAGUACGACUACUCCCCCGCAGUGUCAUCUCCAUCCUUCGCCUCCGCGCCCUCCACGUCGUGCCUCCUUGCGGACUUCUCAUGCGGCGCCGGCGGCAGCAGCUGGUUCGCCUCCACGGCCGCGCAGCCGACGGGGUCGCUCGCCUGCGACUCCGCACUGGUCGCGUCGAACGCGGCGCCGCGGCCGCCGUCCACGCCCGUGGCCGCCAAGAGGCGGGCGGGCGUGAGGCCCAACGCCGGGCGCGCCGGGAAGCGUCGGGCGCGGGCGUCGAAGCGCGCGCCGACCACGUACAUCAGCACCGACCCCGCCAACUUCCGGCUCAUGGUGCAGCACGUCACCGGCGACCAGGCCGAGCCCGGCGCGGCAGACGGCGCCCUCCUGCACGCGUCGCCGUACGACGCGUACUCCGCCGCCCUGCUCCUGGACUGCCACCCUUUCGACGGCGCGUUCGAGGAAUCGCUGAGGCUGCCGUCCGAUGUCGACGCGGCGGCGCUCCAUCGCCACCACCAACAGCAGCAACAGCCGUGCUUCCCGACGCUGGACUCGUGGGGCGUCAUGUGCGAGAGCAGCCAGUUGAUCUAGCCAGGAAACAACAUCUUGAUAGAAGAAUCGGAGAUUGCCCAUGCUGGAAUCGUCGAAUCGGAACGCUGCAGACGACACAAGAACCUAAGCAGAUAGUUCACCAGGACGCAGCACAGACUCAACACCACUCAUUAUCUCAGUUCUCUGACAAGACUAGCUAGGACUAAAGUAAGCAUAGCACCACGAAUUAGGGACUGUUUGGAUGGUUACCAAAGUGUACCUUGUCAAUUUGGGUCACGAGACUCAUGACGCCUUUGUUUGGAUGAAGUCUUCUUUACCAAAACCUCAACCAAUAUUUUGGCAA